UAGCAAAAUACAUAAUGAAUUACAUAGUGAUUACAAUAAGUUGCCUCGAACGCUUCAUAUGAAGUGGACGGCUAGAUAAUAAUAAAUUGUAAAUACUAAUUAUACACUAAAUUAUUGAUAUUACAGUUUGAUUUUCUUAGUUUUUAUUAAGUUUUAAAGUGCCUCCAGAUAUAUUUUGUGUUAUGUUAUAAAAUUGUGAAGUUUUUAAGCGUUUCUACGGUUGCAUAAAUAUUUACAUGCAACAUGGUGUCCGCCGGCAAGAAGAGCGGCUGGCUGAUGGGCUGCGGCUCGGUGCUGGUGGUCGUGGGCGCGGUCAUGGUCAUCUUCUGGCCGACGAUAUUCUUCGCCCAGUUAAAGAAUAUGAUGAUAUUAUCAGAAACGUCAACGUCAUUCCCGAUCUGGCGGGAAGUGCCGAUCCCGAUGUACCUCGAGUGCCACAUGUUCAACAUAACGAAUGUGGCUGAUAUUUUGGCGGGAAAGAAUGUCACGCUCGAAGUCGUGGAGCUUGGACCGUAUGUGUAUAGAGAGGAACAUACUAAGGUGAAUUUAACAUGGAACGACAACAGUACGAUCACAUUUUAUAACGAGAGGUUCUGGCACUUCGAGCCGGAGCUAUCCAACGGUAGCCUGUCCGACAUCAUCACGAGUAUCAACCCUAUUAUCGUGACGGUAGCAUACUACAUGCGCCACCAGCACCCUCUCCUCAAGAUACCAGUAGAUGUCUUCAUGCGAAUGUUCCAUGAUGACAUGUUCCUCUCGGCCAAUGUGUCGUCCUGGCUGUUUGAUGGUAUUGAUGAUCCUAUACUGCAAAUAGCGGAAAGGUUUCCAGAACUGCCUAUAAAUAUACCGUUUGAUAAGUUUGGAUGGUUCUACAAGCGGAACGGCUCAAUGGAAUACGACGGUGUGUUCGUGAUGAACACGGGCGCGUCUGAUUUCUCUCAGCUCGGAAACUUGGAGAUGUGGCGGAACUCGAACCGCACACUGUACCGCGAUGAGUGCGGGGCGGUGAAGGGGUCGACGGGGGAGCUGUGGGCGCCCGAGCUGGGCCAGCCCGAGGUGACCAUCUUCGCGCCUGAUAUAUGCACAUACAUGACACUGGCAAAGAACGAGACAAUAACAAUCCUGGGCAUAGAGGGGCAGAAGUAUGUGGCCAAUGACUCUGUGUUUGACAACGGCUAUAAAUAUCCUCAAAUGGCGUGUUACUGCGACGAGGUGCGCGACGCGGACUGCCUGCCGGCGGGCGCGCUGAACGUGUCCGCGUGCCGCUUCGGCGCGCCCGCCUUCGUCACCUUCCCGCACUUCCUGGGCCUGGACCCGCCUUAUCCCAGCAAGGUGGACGGAUUGAAGCCCACCCCGGACAUGACGUUCAGUCUUGCUCUGGAGAUGUUCACCGGGAUGCCGCUAGAAGUGUUCGCGCAGUUGCAGAUUAAUUUGCUCGUCAGGCAUAUUGGUGAAAUCACUAUAAACAAUCAGCUCCCAGACCCUGACACAUUAGUGCCAAUGUUCUGGUUCAGACAAGAGGUCAAAAUAAGCGACGACUACGCGCGACUCGCGAAAUUCGCGCUCAAUCUGAGAUAUUAUAUGCCUUACGGGUUUUAUGCGCUGACUGCCAUCGGUGUAAUAUUAUUAAUAAUUGGGAUAUGGAUUUUAAUGAGGAAGCUUUUAAAGUCACCAGAUUCUCCCAUACUAUCGGGAGUGUCUCAGGAAGAGCUGUCUAGCGAGCGGUAGAAAACCGGUAAUUACCGGUUAUGUUAAGAAAAUACCGGUGUUAUAUCGAUGAAUAUACAUUUCGAAACGAUUUCAAGAACAUACAGGAUAUUUUGAAUAUCGAUAAAGCUUGUAAAUGUUAAAUAGAAUAUCGAUUUAAAAAAAAUGUUUUGAAAUAAUACCAGUAAAAAGAAAUGUGUUAAUACCGGUAUUUCGGUAAGAUACGUUAUACGUAUACGUUAUGAUAUUAUAUCGUUAUGUUGAGAAGAUAUUUGUAAAAUUGUAUGAAGAAAUAACGAAGUUAUCAAUGGGUACCGGUAUUUAGAUAUCGGUAUAUUCAUACCGGUUAUUGUUAUAUAUACAGAUUCAAUUAUCUAUAUCAUAUACUUGUAAAUAUAAACGUUAUAUUGUUAUGUAUAUUUUUAUCUUGAAUACCGGUGUUAAAACCGGUAUUAUGUUAAAAUACCGAUUUUUAGGAUAGUUCAUUCUUUUACCGAUUGUGAUAUUGACUAUUUUCUAUUUAUAUUAAGACAAUAAUCAGUGUUUAGCCGUAUUUUUAUCCGACUUCAAAAAAAGGAGGAUGUUCUUUAUCUUUAUGAUAUAAUUUUUUUAUAUAUAUUUUUGACUGCUGUUAAUUAUUAUUUUGUAUCUAUGUAAAUAGCUUU